AUGCCCUCUACUGUUGUCUCGCCACCAACAGCCCCGCCUGCACCGUUACAUUAUUCUCCAUCUUCAACCUCUUUUACUCUACAUUCCCUAUCUCCUUGCACCCAAAAACAUUCUACAAACUUACACCCUCCUCCAUCUGCUAUACCGUCACCCACACCGCAACCUCAUUAUACUCACCCUAUGACCACUAGAGCCAAAAACCAUAUUCACAAACUCAACCUCACUGCCCAACUCUCUACCACAGAUGACCUUGAAAAGUCUUAA